CUUAAGUAUGCUUUAACAGGAGAUGAGGUAAAGAAGAUCUGCACACAGCGGUUCAUUAAGAUUGAUGGCAAAGUCCGUACUGACAUAACCUACCCUGCUGGUUUUAUGGAUGUCAUCGGCAUUGACAAGACGGGAGAGAAUUUUCGUCUGAUCUAUGAUACCAAGGGUCGCUUUGCUGUCCAUCGUAUUACACCUCAGGAGGCCAAGUACAAGUUGUGCAAAGUGAGGAAAAUCUUUCUGGGCACAAAAGGAAUCCCUCAUCUGGUGACCCAUGAUGCUCGUACCAUCCGCUACCUGGAUCCUCUCAUCAAGGUGAACGACACCAUUCAGAUUGACUUGGAGACGGGCAAGAGUUCUGAUUUCAUCAAGUUCGACACUGGUAACCUGUGUAUGGUGGCAGGAGGUGCUAGCUUGGGAAGAAUUGGUGUGAUCACCAACAGAGAGAGACAUCCUGGCUCUUUUGAUGUGGUUCAUGUGAAAGAUGCCAAUGGCAACAGCUUUGCCACUCGGCUCUCCAACAUUUUUGUUAUUGGCAACGGCAACAAGCCAGGGAUUUCUCUUCCCCGAGGAAAAGGUAUCCGCCUCACCAUUGCCAAAGAGAGAGACAAGAGACCAGCCGCCAAACAGAGCAGUGGGUGAAACAGUCUCUAGAUU